CACACACUAAACAGAGCUGAUUGCUCUUGUCAAGCAAAUUAACAAUUCAAUGUCUCUUGUUGUUGUAAAGCAAAAAUGCAAAAUUCAUUGCUGAAUCCUUUGGUUUUCUGGUCCCAAACUGAGGGUCAAAUUAGCCUCAAAGUCGACCUCAAGGAUAGUCAGGUGGAUGACUUUACCUGCACGGGGAGUCGUAUUAAUUUCCAAGCAACUGGACGUGGUGCAUCGGGGAGUCAAGAGUAUGGCUUCACAUUGGAGCUCUUUGGGAACGUUUCUCCGGAUGAAUGUAAAUUCACCACAUCAGAUGCACGUGUUGACAUUAGUCUGAAGAAGGUAACACCGUCGUGGUGGCCACAGCUCUGCCCACCGGGAACGGAAAAAUUGCAUUUCCUGAAGAUUGACUUUGAUAAAUGGAAAAGCGGUGAGGAUGAGACGGAGAGUGAUGAGGAAAAGGCACGAUUGGAUGAUCAACGGGACAUCCUUGCGGACUACCCGGAUGUCCUGCAGCGGCUACAGACGCAGGAGUUGGGCUACCGCAAGGAGCAAGGGAAGAAAGUCUACUUAGCUCUCUACAAUCUCCUUCAAUUUGUUGGAUUUCUCUACAUUGUCACCGUUCUUGGGUUGAGACUCGCCCGGGAUGGGCAUGAGGCAACGCAUGAGGCCUAUGAAGCUGUCGGGAAGGCUUUCAAGUUCUGUCAACUCAUGCAAUUCCUCGAGGUUUUGCAUCCAAUGUUUGGGUACACCAAAGGUGGUGUCUUGGCGCCAUUGAUGCAAACAACAGGACGUGCUGUUGUCCUCUUCUUGGCCAUUGAUACAGAUGAACGUGUUCAGAGGCUUACAAUUGUUGCCUACCUCUUCCUUGUUUGGGCUAUCGUUGAGCUAGUCAGAUAUCCUCACUACCUCAUGAGGCUUGUAGGGGUUCAUGUAGCACAGCUGGAGUGGCUGAGGUACACCCUGUGGAUCCCAUUGUACCCUCUGGGGGCUCUGUAUGAGACACUUGUUCUCCUACGAGCUGCAGAAUUUAUGGAGGCAACAGAUAGAUUUGCAGUUCGCCUUCCAAACAAGUGGAAUGUUACCUUUGACAUGGCCCUAGCUAUUAGAAUUUACGUUCUCGUUGCCAUUUUACCCGGUGUCUCGUACCUCAUGUCAAUGAUGCAGAAGGCACGCAGGAAGAGACUUAGGUCACGUUCGAAAAAACUCGCUUGAUGCCUCAAAUUGUAGUUUAAUCGGUGAUUUAGUUUCCUUAUUUUUUUUUUGUCCAAAGGUUCAACGGAUGGAUUUUGAUGGCAACAUAUUGAUUAAUUAUAAUUGUUGAAAUUUGACUCCUUCUGUAAAAUAGUCUAUUCAAAUUAACCGUUACAAUGACGCUGCUUCCUUGAAAAAUUCAAAUAUUUAACGUCUGAAACAUUUGACGUUUAUUCAAGAAACAUUCAGCAUGAAGGCGGAGCUUCUUUGCAAGGUCAAUUUGAAUAGAGUAUUGUUGAUUUUCUUUACAAUUCCAAAGGGAGAAGUUUUGGUGUGUGGUGGUGUGAAAUAAAUAAAAGUCAUUUGAUGAA